AUGCGUGCGCCCACCGCCGCUCUGCGCGACGCGGAGGCGACGCGCGCGCCCUCCGACGACGAAUGCGGCCUCGUGUGUCGGCCGCGAUGGGCGCGCCACCUAGCGAGUCUGCAGCUGUUCAUGCUCACGUACAGCGUCGUGUGGCUGGCGCAUGGCGGGUUUUACGCCUACCUUGUCGGCUCCAUCACGACGAUCGAGCGACGUUUCCGGUUCCCGUCGCGACAGAUCGGCGUGCUCAUAUCCAUCAACGAAUUCUUCCACGUGGCUCUCGUCGUCUUCGCGAGUUACUUCGGCGGUAAGGGACACAAACCGCGAGUGCUGGCCGCUGGCGUUCUCGUUUGCUCUGCUGGCGUGCUCGCGCUCAGUCUGCCACACUACGUCUACGGCGCCGAUCGUCGCGCCACCACCUCCGCUGACCUCAACGUGACCUCGCUUGUCGGACCGCCCGUGUGUCGGCGCGGGUGGACGGGCGGUGAUGGCGGCGGCGACGAGGACGCCGUCUGUCGGCGGGAGUCGGCGUCCAAUAGGAACGCGUAUUUCAUCAUGGCGGCCGGGAAGGCGCUUGUCGGUAUCGGCGGCUCGUCGCUGUACGCUCUCGGUACGAGUUACAUCGACGACAACGUCAGCCCCCAGAGGUCAGCACUGUACCUCGGCGUUGUCUACUCCAUGCGCACGUUCGGUCCAGUUCUUGGCAUGAUUCUCAGUGCGGUCUGCGCAGGAAUAUACGUGGUGCCAUCUGACCCUCCGCCGGACCUCACGCCGUGGGACCCACGCUGGAUCGGCGCAUACUGGCUCGGCUUUGUCAUACUCGCCGCCAUCUUGGCCGCCGUUGCCAUCCCGAUGGCGAUGUUUCCGCGUCGGUUGCCUAGCAACAAGAAGACGGCGAGGGAGGACGAUGACGUCACGACGGCGCUGGCGGGGGAGCGGGAGCACACGACGGCCGACGGUGACGUCAUCAUCAACGUCAUCGUUUCUAAACCGAAAGAGUUGCUGCACUCACUCCUGGACCUGCUGCGAAACCCUGUGUACGUGUGCGUAGCGCUCGGCGCAUGCGUCGAUCUGCACGUGGUCACGGGUUACUUCGUAUGGCUUCCUAAGUUCAUCGAGACACAGUUCAGUCAGCCUGCCUUCAGUGCAGCAAUAGUAGCAGCUCUAGCGACGCUGCUGCCCUCUUGCGUGGGUUACAUCGUCGGUGGUUUACUUAUCAAUCGGCUGCGACUCAGCUGCAAGGGCAUAAUACUCAUCGUCAUCGUCGGCAACGCCAUCUACGGCACGCUAGGUGGCGUUGUUCCGAUGUUUCUUGGCUGUGACGACGUGCCGUUUGCAGGACAUGUGGGCGCCGACGGACUUGAUGUUACAGAGCCGUGUAACGUCGAUUGUCGCUGUGAUAGCGCCACCUACAUGCCGGUAUGUGGCGCCACCGGUAUCUCGUUCUACUCGCCCUGCCACGCGGGCUGCUCGGGUAUGGCGCUGACGGAUAAUCCACUAGUACAGAACUUCACGCACUGCGCAUGCGUCGACUACGCGACGACAGGUAUGUGUAAGAAGGAGUGCGGACACUAUCGAGCGUACGUCGCCGUUACUAGCGUCAAGGAAAUCCUAGCAUCCCCGACACAGAUCGCUAUCAUCAUGGCCACCAUCAGAGAAAGUGAGCGUGAGAAAUGA